GUCAGAGCGGUGCUGGAAGGGGUAGCCAGCGUGUUGGAGGCAGCGUGAGAGGCAGUGAUUUAUGGCCCGUAUGACUUCAACCUCGGUUCAGGAAGAGUUCACAUUGCUUGAGAGAGCCCCCUUACAGGGCAUUCCAUCUCUGUCCGCGGUUCUGUUUUUUAUUUCCCUCUCUGCGCUCCUACAUCUCACCCUCACCGUCGAUUCCUUAUUUACUAAACCUGUCGAUAAUUUCCCCAUCAACUGUAUCCUUUUAGACAUCUACAAAUAUCCAAAUAAUUCUUUGAUCCCAUCUCCAGUUUUUUUUCUUCUGGUUAUGGAGCGCCGCAGACUGAAGCCAGGUCCGUGGUUUGUCGGUGGGCUUCAUCAUUGCACGUCGGUCCGGUCCGUUAUUGUGAGAAGGGGCACGUAGACUGUCCAAGAAAAUGCACUGUGUUAUUCAUCGGCGGCGCCAUUUGUAAUUUUAUAGCCCAGGAUAAAGCAGGCACUAUAGCACCCCCCUCCCCAACCCCUUUCGUGUUGUUGUUUGGGUGGCUGUUUCUCUGUCAGGAUAAGUGGAUUAUUCACGGAGGCGUCUAGUACAGUUGCUGAUUGUAUUAAGCUGUGGACCUACAAGCCAGGGGCACAGACAUUACAUGUCCCGUUUAAUGGCCUAACAGUGAUAUGAUUUAAUAACAUAUUCCUCCUACUCUUGCGCUCCCUGGCUCGCCUUCUCUGCGCGGGACUAUUCCUCAGAGCAAAUAAUUAGGAUUCCUGCUUGUCUUCCAGAAAGAUAAAUGGCUGACAUGUGUGACGUGCUGAGAGGUGGAGUGGGUCUGGACUAUUCCAGCCACUUCCAACAGAAACACGAGAUAACGGUCUACACAUGUACGGCGAAAAAAACUCAACAGUAUGAAAAAGUCAUAUUGCAGGGGACCGUUGGAGAGAUACCAUCACGUGACCCCCGGUACCAAAUGGUCUUCCGGCCGUGGUUCACAACAAGGACCCCGGCCGUCUCUCUCAGACAUGCAGAAGACAACAUAUUACGACAACUCCUCGACGAUCUUCAGCGGCUACUCAUCCUACCAGGUUCAGGGGGCAACAGCAACUGCAGCUGCAAAUGGUUUCGGGGGCUAUGACGCCCCAGUCCCUGUAUCCCAUCACCAGUCGGUGUUCCAAUCGACCACCCAUCUCGAUGCGGACUCGUACCAGCGCUCUGCCUGCUCUUUGCAGACACUGGGUAGUGGCGGCAGCCAUCAGCAGCAGCAGCUUUCCAAAGCCAAGGAGCUGAAUGGCAGCUGCAUGCGGCCCAACCUGGCAGCUGAGCACCACCCAGUGUCCCCACCACUGCCGCCCAACCCCAGCAAUGGUAAUACAGGAGGUCAGCAGCCAGGAGGCACUGCAGGCGCCCCCUCGCUUCCCAAAUCAGGCACCAACAAAUCGUCCAAUUCCUCCUCAUCCACGUCAUCGUCCUCUUCCUCUUCGUCACUGCCACCGAACCCGACUCUGACCAAGCAGAUCUUCCCCUGGAUGAAAGAGUCUCGUCAGACCACCAAGCAGAAGAACUGUUCUCCCAGCAACAACUCUGGCAAUGUGUCUGGAGGAGGAGAGAGCGGCAGCGGUGGGGAGAAGAGUCCCACUGGAGGGUCUUCUACGUCAUCCAAGCGGGCUCGGACAGCGUACACCAGCGGGCAGUUGGUUGAACUCGAAAAGGAGUUCCACUUCAACCGGUACCUAUGUCGGCCCCGGCGGGUGGAAAUGGCAAACCUGCUGAAUUUAUCUGAACGACAGAUCAAGAUCUGGUUUCAAAACCGGCGCAUGAAGUACAAAAAGGACCAGAAGUCAAAAGGAUUGAGUUCUAGCUCUGGAGGUCCUUCACCAACCGGCUCGCCCCCUCUAUCCAUGCAGUCCUCUGCCAGUUUUCUAAAUUCAAUGCAUCCCAUCGUAGGUGGUAGUUCUGGCUAUGAUGCUCCAUCUCCGCCAUCCUUCGGCAAACAGCAUCAAGGAGUCUCUUAUUCCAUGUCUACUGCCUAUGCCAAUGUCCCGAUGAAGGGCUGCCCGCCUCAACAGAAGUAUGGCGCACCAGAUCCAGAUUACGGUGACCCACAUUCCCACCAUGGACUGGUUCAGGCUAACAGUGGAGGUUAUGGGAACCCUAACAAUAUGCAGGCCAGUCCGGUCUAUGUGGGGGGCAGCAGCUAUGUGGAGCCCAUGUCGGGUUCUGGUCCUUCUAUGUAUGGCCUCAACCAUCUUGGUCCCACGCCACCUCACCACCAAACCAUGGACUAUAACGGAGCGGGGCCCAUAUCGGGCACCAACCAGCACCAUGUGGGAGGCGGGGUGCCGCCGGGACCCUGCGACCCAUCUGCACACCCCACAUACACAGAGCUGUCGGCGCACCACACCUCGACUCAGGGCAGAAUUCAGGAAGCACCCAAGCUCACCCACCUGUAGCAGGUUUGGAACUAGUUACACGACAAAGAUGAAACAGAACUCAUGACGCACUAACAGACUAACUCACAUGUGGAGCCUCCAGCAGGGCAGCGUGGAAGCAUGAGGGACUGGCGGGCAGCGGAGGGACAGCCUGUGUCUGGUUAGAGUUUACAGUUUUGUGGGUCGGUUGUUUCAACUUUAACUGUAUGUCACUGAACGGGAUGAGGAGUGAGUUAAAGUUAAAACAUAUCAAAUUUGCUUGUUUAAUAAUGACGCUUGGAUGCCGUUGACUGAAAAACUUUCUUGUGUGCACAUGCCAUCCCUGUGUCUCUGUGGAUUCUGUUUGUUGAUUCACCAAGGAAGCUUGACUAGCAGCACUUUGAAGGCAGAUAGAUUGAAGUGAUUUGUCCUUCCAGUUCAUUUGGGAGGAAUGGUAAGAAUACUUCUACAGUGAACUAACAAGCUGGAUAGUAUGAUUCAAGAUAUUUUGGCGAUGGUGGUGUGUGAGUGUUGGCUGAUGAAAUAUACUUGGCAAAUAACUGCAUCAUGGUGAAAAACACGAUAUAUCAGAUGAAGAAAAGCAUGUACCAGCUCAUCUACUGUGUGUUUGUGGUUUUAAAUUGCCCUAAAAUAGUAAGACACACAGGAAUAGAACUUGCUCUUCUGCCUGCCCAAAUGAAAUAGUGGCGUUUAAUGUGCAGUUAACAAGCUGGUUAGAUUUAUGAUGACAAGCGCUGCCCUCCAGGCUGGAGUUGUUGUCAGCCUAGCAGAGCAAUGUGAGGAGUGUGGCUCACCACGGAGACUAGGCGCUUCUGAGCGUCCACUCAGUGCACAGCUGACCAUCCGCUGACCACCUUGGAGUCCCUCCUGCUGGGUCUGUCGAAGUCCAUCCUGACUAAAGCACAUCGACUAACCCGCCACUGCUGCCUGCUCUGUCUGUGGAACUCAGUUCCACUCACACCUGUCACUCAAAUCCUCAACACUCACGACUGCUAUACCAACACACACAUUGUCAUCACAUCUUCAACCUCACAUCAGUGGCAAACUUCCUUUUUGUUGACACACAAGACACAAUGUGAUGACAUUGUUAAAUAAAAGUGACAUCGACGAGGAUAUUUAUGUUUAGCACAUCACCGACAUACAGGGUAAAUACAAGCAGAGAGCACUAUUUAUUUGGGUUUGGCUGUCAAUGCUCUCUCUCUCUCUCGUUCUCCCUAUCUCUCUUUCUCGCUCUCAUUCCUCUCUCACAUGAAUUCUUCAAGUGUACAUUUGGUUUUAACUGUUUGUUUGGUUUUCAAUUCUUGCAUAUCUUGACUUACGUGGAAACAGGGUAUAUAUUUGAACAAUAUGCAUGUCCCAGCAAUCUGUGUUGAUGUGUUUCCAGUACUUUUGAUAAAUCACAAGGAUUUAUUUUGGUGACAUAAAAGCGCAAGAAUCACAAUUCCAGAUGCAAAAUGGUGCUCUGUCAUUUUUUUGCUGUUUAGCAUGGCAGUUGUAUGGCAGUAGUAACAUGGGUUGGCAACAAUGGGCUGUCCUUUCUUCUGAGAAGGUGUCAUGGGCUUGCCAUCUGGAUGCUUGCUACAUGCUUCACAGUCCAACACUAGGGGACUAAAUCAUCUGGAUAAUACCUCUGUUUUAUCUGGUAAAACUAGACUUAUACAGCUUUGACUCUCAGUUCAAGUCAGACUUAAAAAGAGACGCAAAAAAAACAUCAUCUUGAGAAUUUGCCACGCGCCAGUGUUCACGCUGGAUAUUUGCCCUGAGGCUAGAAUUGCUUCCUCUUUACCCACUAACAUACUGCAUAGCUUCUAGCUUAGUGUUGUGAUAUACUAUGACACUAUUUAAAAAAAAAUCGGGACUAGUAAAGGAAGAAGCAGACAGACAGGCCAAUUUUCUUUAUUCUGUUUGCAUAGCUGCAGUUCAGCCUCUGACUGGAUACACUUCCUUUGAACCUCACAAUCAACACUGAAGCUCCUAAAAUAAACUCCUUGUGUGCAUUACUUAAAAGUACUUUGGACAUAUCCGACAUCUGGGCAUCAUUGUUGCACUUAGAGUUUACAUUUUGAUGGUUAAAGGUAAAAACAAAACAAAAAAAUAAAUAAAAAAAACAAAUAAACAGAAUCUUAUUUUGAAUGUUGAAGACCGUCCAAUCAAUGAGUCUUUUGCAAAUGCGUGUUCGAGUGAACAUUCAUAUAUGAAUAUUUAUUUGUUAUAGCCAUUUUGAGAAAAUACCUUCUGUUUUGUAUUAUUAUUAUUAUUAUUAUUAUUAUUAUUAUUUAUCCUUCAUGUAUUUAUAAUGAGAAAUACUGUACUUUUUUAGCAUUAACUGUUAUACAAAAAGAUUGUGUUUUUCUUCUGUCCAUUGUACUGACACUACCUUUUUUAAGUUAUUGUAUUUUAGAAGACAAUUAGUAGUUUUUAUGUUUCUAUUAUGACCCUUGUACUUAAAUGUUUUGGCUUGUACGGGGAAAUGGCUAGGAUGGGGAUUGGUUUACUAUCCAAUGCAUAGUCAUUAUAUAGACAGACAAUUAGUUGGGGAAAAGGUCCUUUUGAAGAAAAAAAAAAGUUUGUCCUUUGUAGAUAUUUUUCUUUUAUUGUUGAGAGAGUUGUCUGUCAAACAAUUCUUUAAUAAACUGUUAUAUUAUUCAGAACUAUCGUGACUUAUUCGAGAUAUUAAGACAGAAACUUGGGGAUUUUUUU